UCCUUCAAGGCGCUGCUCCGCCUCCUCUAGAGGAAAUGAGGAUGCCUUCGCUCUGCGCUCGCUCAAUGACCCCACAGCGCCGCAAGCCACGGAGAGCACGGAUCCCGGCCUCUCUGCUGCCGCAAUUCCAGCAGGUGCCUGCCGCCCCCGCGGCAGGGUUUGUUUUUGUUGUUGCAAAACUGCAAACCCAGCCACUCAUUCACCUGAGGCCAAAUGAGAAAGAAGCCUCGUCCCUGACAGGAUCUUGCAGCCCCUCCAGCACAGGAGAGGCAGAGAAGGGCGGAUGGGUGUUACAGUCUCAACUGAUGUGUUCGAAUAAUCAGGGCAGCUGCACAUUUUUCAAGCCCCCCUCCUCCGUUCCGAAGGCUAUCUCAGAUAAGGCGUCGGAAAAAGAAGACGCGAGACGAGAUGUUCGGAAAUCAUGGAAUCCACCCACAGUGAAAGAGCUCAUCCGAAUGAGUGGAAGGACAUGGUUUCAAAGUAUGGGAAAGAAGCCAGUGAACAUGAGGACAGGAGGGACCAACGUGAGGAUAGGAGAGACGCUCGAGAUGAGAGGUGGCAGCAGGAAGAUCAGAGGAGGCAGGAUGCAACGCUGGGGCUGCUGCAUGAGCAAACAGACAUACUCUGGCGUCUGCUGAAGCUUCAGGAAUGGCAGCAGGAUAACAGAGUGCCGCUACAGCCCCUGUAUAACCCCUCUCCCCCCUCACCAUGUUCCAUAGCCUCCUCACCCAGACGUGUAAGAACGUGUGUGGGGGGGAAGGCUCCGUGCACCCUCCCAUUCCACCCCAGUGGACAGCCCAAGCAAAAGGCUGCCAUUUUUUUAACCUUUUUUUAGUGGCCUUUUCCUUCCCGCCGAUCCUCCUCCCAAACCCCA